UCUCUGCGUUGACAUACGCUGCUGCAUUUUCAAAGUUGAGAUAAACACUGUUGGAAAAAUAGCUCUACUCAUUUGAAGAGGACUUUAGUCUGUUCGGGCCCCGACGUUAGGACAGACACUGCGCGUUUUUUCUUCGGAAGUGGAGCAUUUUGUUAUAGAGGUCUCAUACAGGAAUACAGUAUGAGGUGCAGUUAUGGCAAGAAGGGGUAAGUGUGUUGUGAGAACCCUGGAGGACUUGACGCUAGACUCGGGUUAUGGUGGAGCGGCAGACUCCUUCAGGUCGUCCAGCUUGUCGCUGUGCUGUUCUGACGCGCACACAUCGUUCGCGCAUGGAGGCAAUGGUUGGCAUCUAACAGACUCUAUGCACAGUAGACACAACAGCCUUGACACGGUCAACACCGUUCUGGUCGAAGACGCCGGGAACCUGGAGUGUGCUGGACACUGUGCGAAACUUCCCGAGCUUGAGGAUGUGCCUUGGAGUCUCGGGGAGGUGGAAAACGCGCUUCGAAAGGAAGAGGAGCUCAAAGACGGAGCCUUUCCUGGCGACCUGUUGGCGAGGCUUUCCGCGCUGGUCAGUCGAGCGCUUGUGAGGAUCGCCAAGGAGGCUCAGCGUCUGAGUUUGCGCUAUGCCAAAUGCACCAAAUAUGAGAUCCAAAGUGCCAUCAAGAUCGUUCUCUCCUGGACGAUAUCUGUCAACUGUAUCACAGCGUCGCUUAGUGCACUGUCCAUGUAUAACAUGAGCACUGAGGAUAAAUUCAGCCGUGGGAAGUCGGAGCGCUGCGGGCUGGUCUUCUCCGUGGGGAAGUUCUUCAGGUGGAUGGUGGACAGCAGGGUCGCACUGCGGGUUCACGAGCACGCAGCCAUCUACCUGUGUGCGUGCAUGGAGAGCCUCUUCCGAGAGGUGUUCACGCGCGCCAUGCGCACUGCCCUGGUCGAGAAGGACAACGGGGUCCCAAAGUUUUCUCUCGAGUCGUUAGAACAGGCCAUUAAUAACGACUCGGAAAUAUGGGGCCUAAUGCUGCCAUACCAGCACCUCAUCUGCGGGAAGAACGCCAGCGGAGUGCUCAGUCUGCCGGACAGCUUGAGCUUGCACAGGGAUCAGCAGAGGUCUGGGAAGGCGGGAGAGGGUCAAGCCUACAGCCAAUCAGAGCUCCGCACCAUCGAGCAGUCCCUCCUGGCCACCCGUGUGGGCAGCAUCGCCGAACUCAGUGAGCUGGUGUCGCGGGCCAUGCACCACCUGCAGCCUCUGCACGUCAAGAACCACAGCAACGGCACCCCUGGCCACCAGCGUCCGGCCUCCGUCCACUGGGAGCCCGGCCUGUACACACUCUGCUACUUCAUGCACUGCCCCCAGAUGGAGUGGGAGAACCCCAACAUCGAGCCCUCCAAAGUCACCCUGCACACCGAGAGGCCGUACGUGGUGCUGCCUCCGCUGAUGGAGUGGAUCCGUGUGGCCGUCGCACACGCCGAGCAUCGCCGCAGCUUCUCCGUGGACAGCGACGACGUCAGACAGGCCGCACGCCUGCUCCUGCCCGGCACAGACUGUGAACCGCGACAGCUGAGGACGGACGACUGUUUCUGUGCCUCCCGUAAGCUGGACGCUGCGUCCACUGAGGCCAAGUUUCUGCAGGACCUGGGCUUCCGCAUGCUCAACUGCGGGCGCACCGACCUGGUCAAGCAGGCCGUCAACCUGCUGGGGCCAGACGGCAUCAACAGCAUGAGCGAACAGGGAAUGACCCCCCUGAUGUAUGCAUGUGUGCGGGGGGACGAAGCCAUGGUGCAGAUGCUGCUGGACGCUGGAGCUGACAUCAACAGCGAGGUGCCAAACACGAUACACAAGCACCCCUCAGUCUUCCCCGAAACUCGCCAGGGGACCCCGCUCACAUUCGCCGUCCUACAAGGGCAUGUCCCUGUUGUCCAGCUGCUGCUGGACGCCGGUGCCAAUGUGGAGGGCUCUCUGCAGGACGGCAUGGAGAACUACACCGACACACCCCUGCAGCUGGCCGCCGCCGCCGGGAACUUUGAGCUGGUCAGUCUGCUGCUGGAGAGAGGAGCUGACCCCAUGAUCGGGACCAUGUACCGUAACGGCAUCUCCACCGCCCCCCUGGGAGACAUGAACUCAUUCAGCCUGGCCGCAGCACAUGGACACAGGAACGUGUUCCGGAGGCUUCUGUCCCAUGCGGAGCCGGGGAAGGGGGACGUGCUGUCGCUGGAGGAGAUGCUGGCCGAGGGCUCGGAGGCUGGGGACAGCGCCUCGCUGCAGUCGGACCCCGGGCGCUCGGGCAAGGCCAAGCUGCGCGCCCUCCGAGAGGCCAUGUACCACAGCGCCGAGCACAGCCACGUGGACAUCACACUGGACAUACGCAGCCUGGGUAUCCCGUGGACGCUGCACACCUGGCUGGAGUCUCUGCGCACCUGCUUCCAGCAGCACCGGCGGCCGCUGAUCCAGGGCCUGCUGAAGGAGUUCAGCUGCAUCGAGGAGGACGAGUACACAGAGGAGCUCAUCACACACGGCCUGCCCCUCAUGUUCCAGAUCCUCCGCGCCAGCAAGAAUGAGGUGAUCAGUCAGCAGCUUGCAGUGAUUUUUACGCAGUGCUACGGUCCCUACCCCAUCCCCAAGCUGACGGAGAUCAAGAGAAAACAGACCUCGCGCCUAGACCCGUGCUUCCUGAAUAAUAAGGAGAUGUCUGACGUGACGUUCCUGGUGGAGGGGAAGCCCUUCUACGCCCACAAAGUUCUGCUGUUCACUGCCUCAGCCCGAUUCAAAUCUCUGCUGGUGAACAGGCCGGUCGGAGAGAACACCUGUAUUGAGAUCAGCCACGUGAAGUAUAACAUAUUCCAGCUGGUGAUGCAGUAUCUGUACUGUGGAGGCACUGACGCCCUGCACAUCAGAAACACCGAGAUCAUGGAGCUUCUGUCUGCUGCCAAGUUCUUCCAGCUGGAGGCGCUCCAGAGACACUGUGAGAUCAUCUGUUCCAAAAACAUCAACACAGACACCUGUGUGGAGAUCUACAACCAUGCCAAGUUUCUGGAGGCCCAGGAGCUGUCCUCGUACAUCGAGGGCUACUUCCUGAAGAACAUGGUGGUGCUGAUCGAGCUGGAGACGUUCAAGCAGCUGCUGUACGACGCGCCGGCCGAGAACACGCCCUCCGACGUCCUGCAGGACCUGGAGCGCACGCUGGCCACGCGCAUCCAGUCCAUCCACCUCUCCUCCUCCAAGGGCUCCGUGGUCUGAGGGCCCCCCAGACUCAAGGGGAGGGAGAGGAUGGAGGGGGGUGGG